AUGCCAUUGAAUAUCCUCGGGACUAUUUUGCUAGAAGGAACCGACAAGGUUCCUGGAUGGGACUAUGUGAAGAUGUAUGGGCCGCUGGUGGUUCUUGCUGGAUCCUUGAAGUACUAUUUGAACGGAUCUACCAAUACCUGGGAAAGAGACCUACACGGCAAGGUCUACAUGGUGACGGGAGGAACGUCGGGAAUCGGGGCAUCUUUGGUCUACGAUCUUGCCAAGAGAGGUGCCCAGUUGGUGCUUUUAACGUCUCAGCUCGACUUGGAAGGCGUGGGAACAGCAUGGAUCGCCGACUAUAUUCAAGAUCUCAGAGAUGACACAGGAAACCAAUUGAUUUACGCGGAAAGUUGCGACUUGUCCUCGCUUUACUCGGUCAGAAAGUUUGCCACCAAGUGGCUGGAUCAAACUCCGCCUCGGAGACUCGACGGUAUCUUAUGUCUGGCAGCAGACUCCGAGCCUUCGGGCAAGGCCAGAGAGUCGAGCGUGGAUGGAGUGGAGAUCCAAAUGGCCGUCAACUACCUUGGCCAUUACCAUCUGCUCACUUUAUUAGAGCCAGCAUUGAAAGUCCAGCCAGCAGACAGAGACGUUCGCGUGUUGCUGGCCAGUUGCAUGAGUCAAAGCUUGGGAGAGAUCAAUCUUGACGAUUUAUUAUGGGAAGAACGGAAAUAUCCAUCGAAACAACCAUGGAAAGUGUACGGAAGCUCAAAGCUGAUGCUUUCGAUGUUUGCCAAGGAGUACCAAAGAAGACUGGACAUGUUCCAGAGAAAAGACGGAGAGCCAAACAACACGCGGUUGAACGUUGUGAAUCCGGGAAUAGUGAGAACUCCGUCUACGCGUCGUGUUUUGUCGCUGGGAACUGUUUGGGGACUGUUCCUUUACGUUUUGAUGUACCCAAUUUGGUGGUUUUUGCUCAAGUCUGGCGAACACGGAAUGCAGUCGUUUUUGUUUGCGAUGAAUACUCCGGAGCUGGUGAAAAGAAAGGGCGGGAACUAUAUUAAAGAGUGUUCUAUUGUUUCGAACGAAACCAGGUCCGAGCUGAAAGACGAACAACUCCAGGCCACCUUGUUUGACAAAACCAAGGAGUUGAUCGAAGUUUUGGAGAAACGGUCUGCGAUCGAGCGGAAUAGAACAAAGAUUAAGCCAAAGGAGGAAAAGAAAAAGAAGGAUAAACAGGUCAAGAAAGACGAUGGUGUUUUAUCGGAAGCAGACAGACUAAGUGUUUUCAAGUCUGCGUUCAAAGACCAACCGUUGCCAAACAGAUCACUACAGCUAACACCAGAAGAGGAAAAACAACGGAAUCUGAGAUUGACAAAUCUCGAUAAAAAGCUUAACAAAUCCAGAAAAGCAUAA